AUGUCAAUGUCCAGGAAACCUCAAAAGUCGGCUGAGGCCCCACCGCCACCAAAGGGAUGCGAGACCAUUGAGGAUAUUCUGGAUGGUGAGGUUCCGGUAGGAAAACUGAUUGCAAUUUGCGGCGUUGUCAAAGACUGCCGGCCACCAAUACCCACUAGAGGUAAAGAUCACAAAAUGACCGUGACUGUGUUUGAUCGUUCGACCCAGGAUGAUCAAAGGUCUAUCGCCAUCAUCAUUUUCCGUCCGAUAGCCCAAAUGCCGGAAUUCAAUGCAGGUGAUGUUCUCUUGGCCUUCAGUGUAAAGGUUCAAGAUUUUGGAGGGAACAUCAGUAUCAUCUCGCAUAACACCAGUUGCUUGUACGUCUACUCGGGUAUCUUGCUCCCCAAGCCUUCGGACAGUCGGUCAGCAGCCGUGGCGCUCAAGUCAAACCCCAAGCCUCGCGGUCGUCCACCUUCUGAGAAGGAACAUGCGUAUGUAUCGUAUAUGUAUCACGAUCUCGACAAGGACUGCAUUCCGGAUCAAGACACCUUUCAAGCGGAAGCGAACCUAUCUAUGAAUAUCAAGGACAAGUUCAGCACCCUCGAUAAUAUCUCCGAAGGCAACUUCUAUGACUUGAUAGUGCAGCUGGUAAAGGAUCCUUACGACAUGGUCGGGACUCUUACAUGUUAUGUCACGGACUAUACCACAAAUAGUCGCUUCUUCGAUCAGACCACGGAUGGCAAAGGUCGUGGUGGUGCCGAGAGAGACGAUGACCCAUACGGUUAUACUGCAAAGUUCCAGACCAACAAAAUCGAGCCUCCUUCGGCAUGGCCCGGCCCCUAUGGCCAAAUGUCAAUGCAGCUUACCUGCUGGGAUCCACAUGCUUCAUAUAUCAAAGACAACAAGCUUGGUGCUGGCACCUGGGUCCGGUUACAAAACGUGCAUAUCAAGUACGGCAAAAAUAGAAGCAACUUGGAGGGCUUUCUACGCGGAGACCAGAAAUACCAAGAAAGGAUCAAAGUCGAGAUACUUGAUGUCAACGAGGUCAGAGACGACCGUCUCAGAGAAGCUCUACGUCGCAAGGAAGAAUACGAAAAACCAAACAAGCGCAAAAACCCGCACGAUCACAACACUCGAGUUCCUCAACAGGCUCAACCACGGCAAGGACCCGAUUCUGCUCGGGGAAAGGAACAGCGGCAGGAAGAUACACCCGCCGAAAACACUAAUCAGCGACGAAAGAGGCUGCGGGCGGAGAAGCACAGAGCUGCGGAACUCGCGCAGAAGCGCAAGGAUGAGGAGGGACUAGGGCUGAACAGCUUAGUCAGGUGCGAAAACUUGAGCCAGGAAGCAAGCUCGAUAUCGAGACUCGUGGAACCUGUGUACUAUGAGACGAGCAUCAAUGGCCAGGAGCUGCGGUUUCAAAUCCCCUUUACCAAUGUCAACUACCGUACAAACGUGCGCGUGGUAGACUUCCGCCCCGAGCGGCUCGAGGAUUUUGCCAUUUGCCGUCCCAAGUCCAGAUAUAGUGGUGAAAUCAGUGAUGAAAGCAGCCUGUCCGGCUUGGACGAUGACGAAGACGCGUCCAAUUGGGAAUGGUGCUUCUGGUUGCAGGUGGAGGAUGCCAUGGCCUUCAAGAACCGGGGUAAACGGCCUGAAGAACGCGUCUGGGUGAUGGUCGACAAUCUGGGGGCGCAGUGUUUGACUUUAGAUGACGCAGUAGAUCUUCGACAAAAUCCAGAUAACCUGGCGGCUCUGCGGGACAAAUUGUCUAUCCUCUGGGGGAACCUGGAAGAACUCAAGCGAGAGCGGUUGGAGAGUUGCCACGAUGCUGCAAGACGCAGAAAGCACCUCACGAUGCCGCCGCUCAGCUCCGAAGGAAAUGGUACCCCUGCCGCGGACUUGAUGAAGAAUUUGUGCAACGACCCCUUCUCCUGUUGCAUAAAGCAAUACGGCGUCAAAGAAAAGACCGACGAUCCGAAAGAAGCUGAUGCUGGCCCAGGCCGAAAAUGGGUUCGUGUUUUUGGUUUGUUUGGGACCAAGAUUUGUGCUUGA